UGUGAGUUGAACCACCACACCUUAGUGUUGUCUUCUGUGAGUUGACUCACCACAUCUUAGUGUUGUUUUCCGUGAGUUGACUCACCACACCUAAGUGUUGUCUUCCGUGAGUUGACCCACCACACCUUAGUGUUGUCUUCUGUGAGUUGACCCACCACACCUUAGUGUUGUCUUCCGUGAGUUGACCCACCACACCUAAGUGUUGUUUUCCGUGAGUUGACCCACCACAUCUUAGUGUUGUCUUCCGUGAGUUGACCCACCACAUCUAAGUCAACAAACAUCCAUUACAGUCCGUCCAACUAGAGACGGUCGCUGCUCUCAGUUCUCCAUCAUCAACAGAUUAUUAUUCAUCGUCACCCGGACCUAUGGCAUCUUCAGCCACCAAAGAGCUGGAUGACCUCAUGGCCUCGCUCUCUGAAUUUAAACUAAAAGACACUACCCAAAUUGAAGGGGAGCCAGCCUGUGCUAAGACUCAGAAACCACCCAAGCAGCCAUCUACUCCAGCUCCUGGUCUAAAUAAUCAGCUGGACUCUAUGCUGGGCACUCUCCAGUGUGACAUGAACAAGCAAGGGGUAAAUACCACAGCUAAAGGUCAUUGCACUGCCUGUAAUAAGCCUAUUGUUGGACAGGUGGUGACUGCUCUAGGGAGGACGUGGCAUCCCGAACAUUUCACUUGUAAGCACUGCAACGAGGAACUUGGGACAAAAAACUUUUUUGAGCGAGAUGGCGAUCCCUACUGUGAAACAGACUAUCACAAUAUUUUCUCCCCUCGUUGCGCCUACUGCAAUGGUCCAAUUCUAGAUAAAUGUGUGAUGGCUUUGGACAAGACAUGGCACCCUGAACACUUCUUCUGCACCCAGUGUGGCCAGCAGUUUGAUGAAGAAGGGUUUCAUGAAAGAGAUGGAAAACCGUAUUGUCAGGAGGAUUACUUUGAGCUCUUUGCACCAAAAUGUGGGGGUUGUAAUCGCCCAAUCACAGAAAACUACAUCUCGGCCCUGAACAAUCAGUGGCAUCCCGGGUGUUUUGUUUGUUGGGACUGCAGGCAGCCCUUCAAUGGAGGCAGUUUCUAUGAUCACGAAGGACAACCGUAUUGUGAAAUCCAUUAUCAUGCUAAGCGAGGCUCACUCUGUGCCGGCUGCCACAAACCCAUCUCUGGCCGCUGCAUCACGGCCAUGUAUCGGAAAUUUCAUCCUGAACAUUUCGUGUGUUCCUUUUGCCUAAAGCAGUUAAGUAAGGGAACUUUCAAGGAACAGAACGACAAACCAUAUUGUCAUGGUUGCUUUGAGAAACUUUAUGGUUAGGGAGCAACAAAACAGUUCUGUCGUACAAAGUGAAUCUCAUGAAAUGAAAAGUGUCGGCCUGAAACACGUGGUUCGGUAUAAUGUUAUGUUUUUUAUUGUUCUAUUCUCUACAUUUUUAUUGGCAACAUGUUACAGCAGAGAAUAAUAUAACUUUUCCCACGGAGUUGAUAUCUACCAUUUCCAUAUCAACGUUUGAGUAAAUGACACGCAGUGUUUACACUCUUUUAGACUCGCAUCUUUAAAAUGCCCUAAAAAUCUAUUGUUAACUAUUAUACGUGUCCUCUCCCUGUACGGUAAAGGUUUGAAAAAAACCGUACGUCGUAAAAGUAAUAUUUUGUUAUCAUUCAACUUGUUGUGUGUAAGUUUUAUCUUCCACUGAUUUAGUGGGUAAAUGCAGUCCAUUUACGAUAUAAGUAACAGAACAAGUGUUGAAUAAUUGUGGUAUCGAGUGAAUAAUAUGACAGAGGAAAGUAGUAAUCCUAACAAAAUAGGAAACUAAACAUCCUGGACAUCUCAAGAUUGAUAUUAACCUGGAUUCUUGAACUGGAGUUUCUAAUUUCUCCGAUUCGUAAAGUUUAUUAGAUCUGAAGUGGUGCUGUUUUUUUUGUUAAGGAAUUGGUAAAAAAAAACUAAAAGAAAAUAUAUAA